AUGGGGUUAAACGAUCGUGAUAACAAAUGCGCCGAACCGGAGUUAAAGGUCGGCCUUUUAGCAGACCAACCCAAAAGACGUCGAACAUUUGCCACUCGUCUGAGGUCUGGAACGGCUAAGGUCUUCCGUUCGGUAAAGGGAUUCCUGUUUCCAAUGCCGCCAGAGAAGUCGGUCAUACGUACCCAUGGUUUAGCCACUACCACGGUUACUACCUCUUCGACAACGACUAUAAUAACGACCAAGGCUCAGUCGACUACCACUAGGCAUACCACAACGAUCACGUCCACCACAACCACUGUGACCACUCUCAAAUGCGUCACUAUAAAACCGGCCAUUGUCACCACCACGACUACUGAAUUCGUCGUUCCUGCAGCCAAUAACAAGUUUUCGAAGACCACGAAAACAACGACCAUGACCACCACCGCUACCACGACCAACAUCGACCCGAUACCAAAAAUCACUACAACCAUCACAAAAACCAGGACCCGCAUCCCGCCUCGUGAUGCAUUCUUGGAAAUCAUGGUUAAAGUCUUGAAACCUAAAAACCCUUAG